AUGGCCGCUACCGAAGUCGCUGGUAGGCCGCAGAGCCGUCGACGUCCGUUCGCGAAUUUAGUAAAGCGAUUUGCACACUUCAAGGGCGGCGAGGACAAGGRGAAGAAGGAGGAAAAGGCUGGUAACAAGAAAGCGAAUGGUGCUGUAAAAGGCAAGAAGAACAGCGCCGGCAAGAAUAAUCCCUACCCCGAGUCCGGCCACUUGGUCCAGCAGCCGCAGUCGCAUUCACCAUCCGACUCGCCCCGCCCACCACACGAUACCACCUCGUACUCGUCGCUGGCUGAUCGGAAUAGCAACGAUCAGGAGGGGCCUAGUCACAGCAACAAAAGCGGUGCGCCCACCCUCGCCACCAAUGCCGAGACGGUACAUAGCGAUGCGGGACACAGCAAAGCCGCAACGACAAACACGGGCGCCGGCGCUCUGAGCAGCAUGGAUGGUGCUGGGGCAGGUAGCACCUUCAGCUCACCGAACCAUAGCCAACGCUCGCUGGCCACCACCCUUACGACAAUCCAGUCGAGCAAUGUGCCCAACCCAGUCAACGGGCCCUCGAACCACACCCUUCAGAGUCAACCCAUGGGCAGUUCCUUUAGCCAUCAGUAUCCCGUCACGCCAGGACAGCUGGCAACAGGAACUGCAUCGGCCAUCCCUCGACAUCUUCAUGGUGGUGAUAGCAAUUCGACCAAUUCUCCUGCUACAUACAACUCUGCCGUUGCCAACAACCUCCUCACUGAUAAUGCCAGCAUUUUGACGCUUGCUUCGUCUUCAAAGCGCCGCCGUCGCAGCAUGGAUACUGAUGCCUCGGUACGUGCGAUGGCACCAAGCUCAGUCUUCGGCGGCAGCCGCGAGUCGCUUCCUUUAAGCGUGCUGAGUGGUAACAAUGCCAAUUCUGAGCGCUACUCCACGAGCGGCAUGCACACUGCCUCGGCCGAGCGUACGAGCAUCUACUCCUCUUCUGGUUUGAUGCGCGAACGGGAUGCAGGCGGCGUCUCGUCGCCCGCCUUGGUAAGCGAGAGGAACUCGUAUUAUGCCAACAAGCAGCCAGGAGAUGCCAAAUCACUCCGUUCCAUCACCAAUCUACAGAAGAACGACGACGCGCGGAGUAUCGGAGGUAUAGAUUCGAGGAGUCUAUAUGAUGCGAGGUCGACGCAUGAUGUCGCCAGUCUGAGAAGUGUUGAUGCACGAAGCCAGCUCGCGACUGCCGACCACGGUCGCAAUGGUAGUAUCAAUGGCAGCAUUGGUAAUCCAGUAGCUUCGCGACAGCAGGAGUAG